AUGGUCGGUUCAAAUUGUGCAAUCCCAGGUUGUGGAACUUCUCGUCGACAUUCCUACGGUGGAGUUGGACUUUUUCGAGUUUCACAGCGAAAAUCGCAAGAUUUCAUAGAUUGGAGAAGCGAGACUUUGAACAUCGUCAAGAAGUACAGGACAGUCGACAGCGAUUUCAAACGUCAAAUCGAAUCUGGGAAUAUUUACAUUUGCGAGAAACAUUACCAGAAAGGAGAUAUUGAGCUUACUAAAACUGGACGGAAGUCUUUGAUAUUUGGUGCACUACCAAGAAUAAAUCUUCCAUUGAAGUCUUUUCAACAACCAACAGCAGCAGAAAGACGCCAUCUUAGCAUUGUCAAGGACAGUGUUGCUAGUUUACAACACAGAGUUCCUGCUUACAAACACUUCAAUGAGUUUGCAGCACGUGUUGGGAAAUUAAAGCUACAAUCUAAUGGCUGGAUUAUCGCCAACAGUCCAAACAAAUUAACAUUCAAAUUUUUUGAAAGGCCAUACAUUAUUCCUCAAUUAGAGGUCAUUGUAGAUGAGAGCUUGGCAUACACCUGUGCUGCCUAUGGCCAUCUUUUGCCAGACGACCAUUUUUUGUAUAAGGAAAGCAAAAGAUCCCUCAGAAACAUCACAAUUUCGAAGUUUCUGAAUGACUUGUCCAGCUUAAAACUUUGUUUAGGUGUUGUAGAUGUCAGAUCAGAUUCACUGGUAACUCAUCACAUUCCAUGUGAACUUGAGCUAGAAAAGAGUGAUGACAACCCUAGUCAACCCAAACAUUAUUUGAGGGCAAAAGAUUGCUCUUUUCUAACAAGAAGUGCAGAAGUAUGUCCUUCCUGCAAUGAAUCAACUAAGCAAAUUAAAAAGGCACAGUUGUCUAAACAAAGCAAGCAUAAUACUCCUGCACAUCCCAAUGCCCCAUUGUCACAGACACACCCAAAUAGGGUGAAGUUAGCCUUGCAAGAAGAGAGGUUGAAGUCUUCAAAAUUGAAAGUUCAAAUUCAAAGAAUGGAAAAAGAAAUAAAGUGUGCAGGUGUUGAAAUUGAUGAUGAUCUUUCAAGUGACAUUUUUGGGAUUAUGGCCAGCAACAGAGAGAAUGCAUCACCAUUCAUGAAACGUUUUUGGGAUCAGCAAACUAAACUUCUGCAAAGCGGAAGUAAGAAGUAUCACCCAAUGAUAAUACGCUUUUGCCUGUCCCUGGCAUCAAAAUCUGCGUCUGUCUAUGAUGAACUUAGACAUACAAAUAUACUGACUCUGCCAAGUCGUAGAACAUUAAGGGACUAUCGAAAUGCAAUAAGACCUAAGACAGGUUUUAACUCUGAAGUGAUCAAUGAGCUCAUUGAAACGGCUUCAAUGCUAAAAGGUGUUCAACGUUACAUCGUUAUUUCAAUUGAUGAGGUGAAAGUUCAGGAGAAUUUAGUGUACAACAAAAAUAAUGGAGAACUAAUUGGAUUUGUUGAUUUGGGUAAUGCAGAUCUAAAUUACUCUUGCUUUGAUGAUGUUGACCAGUUAGCCAGUCAUGCCCUGGUAUACUAUGUGAGAGGUUUGGCAUCAGACUUGAAAUUCAGCUUUGCGUAUUUUGCUACAAGAGGAGUUACAGCAUACCAAAUUAUGACAACUUUUUGGGAAGCAGUUGCUAUACUGGAGCUGACCUGCAAAUUGCCUGUCAUUGCUGCAGUUUCAGAUGGAGCUUCAUGCAAUAGAAAGUUUUACAAAAUGCAUGAUAUGUUGGAUGGAAAGGGAGGUGCAGAUGUUGUUCACCGUACCAUAAAUUUGUUUGCACUGGAUAGAUACAUAUGGUUCUUUUCUGAUGCACCCCAUUUGCUGAAGACAACUCGAAACUGUGUUUAUCAUUCGGGUGAAGGAAAAACACGAUACAUGUGGAAUGAUGGGAAGCACAUUGUAUGGAAUCAUUUUUGUAAGGUUGUUCGUGAUGAAAUGGGAUGUGGUUUGAAAAGUAUUUCAAAGCUGUCACAAGAGCAUAUAGUUUUAAAUCCAUAUUCCUGUAUGAAUGUACGACUGGCAGUUCAAUUACUUAGUGAUUCAGUUGGAAAGAUCCUCAAAGAAUCAAUGCAUGCAACAGCAGUCCUUUGUGAAAACAUGGAUAGAUUUUUUGAUUCACUAAAUGUAAGGAAUCAAGUAGAAGGUGUAAAAAAGCGAAAGCAGUUUUUACUGCCAUACCGCAGUGUCAAUGAUGAAAGAUUUGAAUGGCUGGAAAACUCCUUUUUAAAGUAUCUAGCAGACUGGAAAGAAAGUAUAAAGAAGCGUGAAGGUUUUUCAAAUGAUGCCAAAGCCAAAAUGUUCUUGUCUGCUCAGACUUAUGAAGGAAUAAGAAUCACAGUUCAUUCUGUCAUUGAAGCUACAAAAUUUCUGCUGCAAAGUGGUUUUGAAUUUGUGUUAACAGAGAAAUUCAAUCAAGAUGUCCUAGAGGAGUAUUUUGGUAGACAAAGAGGUUUGGGCAGAAGAAAUGAUAACCCUUCAUUAUAUCAAUUUGGGUACAAUGACAACAUUAUACGAAUGCAGAGAUCAGUAGUUCCUGUUACAGGCAACACUGUAGGAGCACACCAACAAAAACGCAAGCCUUCAUGGUACAUUGUUGAUAACCAACCUUUAAAGAAAAGAUAG